AUGGACACGGCCACGUCAUCGCCCGCGGCCGCUUUCCGCGACGUCCGCGUCACAUCUCCUUGCACCAGUUCCACGUACCGGCAGCCCACCACGUACGCUGGCCACGUGGCCGCCUCUCAACCACCUCCCCCGCCGCCGACGGCUGUCGCCACCAACUCGACGCCAUCCUCGUCCACCACCGCACCAGCCGUUCGAUACGGGAGAGUGCCGAAGAGAUCUCGUGAGCAACUCGAGUCGGAGUCGAAGACCGUGUCGGCCGCAGAUUCGAUGGCGGCGGCGGCCGUUCAAGUGACCACCACGACGGCGACCACGACGACAGUCGCUGCGAACGCUGCCACGGCCGUAGCCACUGCGGUGGCCAUAGGGAUCGGCGGCAGUGCACCGGCCACGGUUGACCCUAUCAUGACUGGCACCGGGCCGGCCGCAGUGAUAGAGACCAACGGUGGCAGCGUGUCCAUAUCGUACGACGUGAUCGCGGCCAUAUCGCAGGCACACCUGACCAACUGCGAUUACACGGACGAGCUGACCAGGACACUGCUCCGGAAACCCGUCGCCUCUCCUGUGCAUAGGUUGGCCACAGAUCUUUCGCUCACCUUCUACGACGGCACGUUCAUCACUCGACAGCAGCUGGAACUCAUUUACGACGUGGAUUUCGCCACUGACGUAUUCCAGUUGGUGACAUCUUUCAAUAGUUUAUCGCUGACGGAUACCGAAGUUGGUCUAUUUGCCGCCAUCGUGCUGCUGACGCCGGACAGGCCUGGCGUAUCGGACGUAAAAACCGUACAGCACAGUCAGGACCGGAUCGUUGAAGCGUUCAAGCUACAACUAAGCAAAGGCCACGGAGGAGAUAAGAAUUUAGCUCAAACGGUAUUGUCGAAACUGCCCGAACUACGAACCAUUGGUGCCCGACACGUUUCGUAUCUCGAGUGGUUCAGGUUAAAUUGGCAUAUGCUGAAGUUGCCGCCGUUAUUCGCCGAAAUAUUCGACAUACCCAAGUGCGAAGAGGACUUGCAUCAAGGCUGAAUUAUUAUCUUUCUAUUUUAUUGUUACAGGUUUUUUUUUAUAUAUACUUAUAAAGUUUCGUUUCGUUUUUUUUUUU